AUGGCACCAAAUGUUUGGAUCCCAUCUACCAAGACCCUACAGCGGCCCUUACGGCUAGCAGACCCCUACACUUCAAUUCUAACCUCCAUUUCACAUCCAGACAAUGAAAAUGCCAUUCAUGUACGUCUUCAUGAUACUGAAUACAUCUCUCCAAACGACCAACGAGUUAUACUGGAACAGGUGGCCCGAAUGCUGAGAAUAUCAGAUAGAGAUGAAAGGGAUGUGAAGCAGUUUCACCAAAUACAACCAGAAGCAAAGAACAAGUGUUUCGGUCGAAUUUUCCGAUCUCCGAGCAUCUUUGAGGAUAUGGUCAAAUCCAUUCUCCUCUGCAACGCCCCGUGGAGAAGAACUUUGGACAUGGCUCAAGCUCUUUGUGAGCUUCAAUUUGAACUGAAAGGUCAUAAGAGAAAACGAGUGACAAACCCAAGAAGCAAGGCAAAAAACAGUGCUGAUGAAGUUCAAUCCAUAGGAAAUUUUCCAAACUCGAUGGAGUUAAAUAUUCUCGAUGAGGAAACAUUGAAGAAGCGAUGUAAUCUGGGAUACAGAGCAAAAAUCAUUCUUGAACUAGCUACAAGUAUUGAGAAUGGUGAAGUUAAACUACAAAACUUUGAAAAAGCAUUGGACGCCGAGUCAAUGGAGAAAAUAUAUGACAUGUUGAAUAAGAAGAAAGGUUUUGGUCCCUUUGCAUGUGCCAAUAUUUUGAUGUGCAUCGGAUAUUAUCAGAGGAUUCCAACGGAUAGCGAAACUUUUAGGCAUGUAAAGGAGAUACAUGGGAGAAGAAAGAAGGUCACAGAAAAAGAUGUGAAAGAGAUAUAUGACAAAUAUGCCCCAUUUCAAUGCCUGGCGUAUUGGUUGGAGCUAAGUGAGUACUACCAAAGUAGAUUUGGGAAGCUAAGCGAGCUACCAAGAUCUGAAUAUCACACUAUAACUGGCAGCUAUAAAUUGCGUACAAGCAUACCAAAGUGA